AUGGAAUUCAGAGAGCGGACUAUCAUCUUAGGUGUCACAGGCGGUAUAGCCAUUCACAAAUCGAUUGACUUGGCAAGCCAACUCGUCAAAAGCGGUGCAUCUGUCCACAUCGUGAUGACAGAAAACGCCACGCGUCUCGUGCAGCCUUUGCAAUUCCAGGUUAUCUCGCGAAAUCCUGUCCUCCUGAACCUAUUUGAUGCAGGAACAGACUGGAAACCCCCGCAUAUCGACCUCGCUGACCGUGCGGAUCUGCUCGUAAUCGCGCCUGCAACAGCGAAUAUCAUCGGUAAAAUGGCAAACGGCAUCGCUGAUGACGCGCUCUCCACCGUUUCCGUUUCCGUCCACUGCCCAAUCCUUCUCGCCCCCGCAAUGAACGGACACAUGUACCAUAAUCCGUUUGUGCAACGGAAUAUCGACACCUUGAAAACACACGGGAUCCAUUUCAUUGAACCCGCCAGUGGUGACUUAGCAUGCGGCUAUGAAGGGACGGGACGGUUGAACACAGUAGAGGCAAUCCUGCAAGGGGCAAGUGAUAUUCUCGAUGCGAGAUCGGACACGGCACCCAAGGUUGAAGCAGACGAUUUACGAGGGACACGUGUCCUCGUCACAGCAGGGGCAACGCGUGAAUACAUCGACCCCGUCCGCUUUAUCACCAAUCGCUCCAGCGGUAAGAUGGGAUACGCCAUUGCUGAAGCGGCUGCACAGCGCGGUGCAGAGGUGCGUUUGAUCAGCGGCACUGCCACUGUCCCUGCCCCCGUCGGCAUUGAGAUUCAGCAUGUCGAGACGACGCUUGAGAUGCACGAUGCAGUCCUGCAAGUUUUCAACGAAACAGACAUUGCCAUCAUGGCGGGCGCGCCUGCCGAUUACCGACCGAGCGAAUUUACGCCCCAUAAAAUCAAAAAAACUACCGAAACCUUGACACUUCCACUUGAAAGGAAUCCGGACAUCGCGCAGACGCUUGGCGAACGGAAAAAGGAUCAAACUCUCGUUUGCUUUGCCGCCGAAACGAACGACAUCCUUGAGAACGCCAAAAAGAAGUUGGUACGCAAAAACUGUGAUCUCAUUGUCGCGAAUGACAUCCUUGCGGAGGGAGCGGGAUUCGAAGUCGAUACGAAUAUCGUAACCCUGAUGGACCAAGACGGUACCUGUGAACAACUUCCCACGUUCCUCAAAGCGCGACGUGGCGGAUGCCAUUCUGACAAAGGUCGUCACCAUACGAAACAGCCCGAAAUAGGACGUUCAGAAAAUCGGGUUUACAAGGUUUCCCCCUACAAGAUGAACCACCAACAGGUCCGCGACUUUUUUGCGCUAAACCACACCCGCCCCAAAAAACGAUUAGGACAAAACUUCCUCGUUAACCCAGAAGUCCUCGAAAUUAUCCUCGAAGCAGGAGAAAUCACGGGCACUGAUACAGCCAUAGAAAUCGGUGCCGGUUUAGGGUGUCUCACGGAUGUUUUGGCGCGGCGUGCCAAACGUGUAAUUGCCGUUGAAGUGGACGAAUUGUUAUACAACGCGUUAGUAGCCCGUUUUGGUGUAGCUUGCGGGUUUCCAAAACUUGCUGUUGAAAGUGGCGUAGCUUGCGGGUUUCCAAAACUUGCCACACAAAAAUCGAUAGAGUCACACGUUCAACUCCUUAACGCUGACAUCCUUAAACUGGAACUUAAUUCACUGUUAUCCUACGACACGGGGACUGUACCCACCACAUUUAAAGUCAUAGCGAACCUGCCUUAUAGCAUUACGACCCCAAUUUUGUGGAAACUGCUCGAUCAUCACAAACAGAUUCAUAGUUGCGUGUUGAUGAUGCAGAAGGAAGUCGCUGAAAGGAUUGUUGCUGAACCGGGAGGAAAGGACUACGGCGCAUUGACAAUCGGUGUCGCUUAUCGGACCGAUGCGACACUCAUUACCACGCUGUCACCAGAAAACUUUUAUCCGGCACCCAAAGUAGAUUCCGCUCUCCUAAAACUCACAAUGCGCGAGAAUCCAAAGGUUACGGUUGAAAAUGAGGAAUUUUUCUUUAAAGUCGUACGGACAGCGUUUCGGACGCGGCGGAAGAUGCUAAAAAAUUCAUUAGUUGGAAGUAGACUGACAUCAGCCAAGGUAUUGGAGACUGCACUUGAGGAACUCGGUAUUGCUCCAGAGCGGCGUCCGGAAACAUUGGACAUCACGGAAUUUGCAGCUCUCGCAAAUUUUUUGUUUUUUAAUUAUUAA